AAAAGAAUAAGUGAAGAAAGUAAAUCCAACUCACCUCCUCCACUCUCUUUCUCUGUGUCGGACAUAAAAGUUGAGGAAUUUCGGUAGCGUGUAGAGAUCGACACAUUAGAUUCAUUCGGAUCCACAUCCAUAUCCGUUUUUUACGAGAGAGAUAUUGUAAUGAAUGGAUGAGUAAUGGCGCUAGCCGAAGCUAGGGCGGCUUGGCAGAGAACUGCCAACAGAUGCUUGGUUCAAGAAGAUGCAAAAAGAGCUCCCAAAUUGGCUUGCUGCUCAUCAGUGCCGCCUUCUGCUAAACAAACUGAGACAGCCCCAAAUGCUGCCGGUGGCCAAGAUAUUCCUAACCCGAACCCCUUGCCGUUUCAUCGCACUCCUUCGUAUUCUAAUUUAUCCCCCAAUACAAAAUGGUGGUUGCAAACACAACCAAAUUAUGGAUGUCAGAGGGGUUUAACCGAUGAAAAGCUUAGUUGCCAGAAAGGUAGUAUUGAUGAUUGCCGAAUCCAAGAAAGCUUGGGAGACAUGUCAAGAGGCGAAGAUGAUUAUGAGCUUGUUGAUCAGUGCAUAAACCUUGUUAAGUGUGACAAGAAAGGCAUCAAAGCUGAAGAGGAGAAGUUAAGGUCAAUCUAUCAUCAAAAUUGGCAAGAUCCUAUGAGGAUUGAAUUUGAAGAGGAUAUGGAAGAGCUAAGAGAGAUGUUUAUUGUCAGCAGUGAAGGUUCCAAAAGUUCUGGUGACCUUUAUUUUGAUACGGAACCGUCUUGGACUAGGACUGAGAAAAAUAUUCCGUGGUGGCGAACUGCAGAUACCGAGGAAUUGGCAUUCUUGGUCUCGCAGAAAUCACUAGACCUUAUAGAGAAUUGUGACCUUCCCACUCCUCAGAAUGUUAAUGUGAAGAAAAAUCUUAGUUCGGAUUUAAGUCGUCUAAGUCAUAGUGAAAUUUCCACUUCUCUACCAGUUCAGAAGUUCGGAAUGAGGGAUGACCACUGUUCUGCUACUCGUGGUUCUUCUACAGCAGCAUCUGCAGGAAGUUAUAGCCGGAACUUUAGGAUGAUAACUGAUGAGCCUUUGCUAUCUUCUGCAAAAAUUCAAUCAAGGGAUACACAUGAAAGGAAUCAAACUCAUACAGUUGAGGAUGACAUGGGCAAGGCUCGACUAUUGGAAGCAUUACGCCAUUCUCAGACGCGUGCCAGAGAAGCCGAGACAGUGGCAAAGCAGGCUUUUGCUGAGAAAGAGCACGUCGUCAAGCUUGUAUUCAGGCAGGCACAGCAGCUCUUUGCCUAUAAACAGUGGGUCCAACUUCUGCAACUGGAGAACAUGUAUUUGCAACUCAAAAACAACAAAAUUCUGUCUGCAUCUCCCGAGAUAUCGCCUUGGAGUUGGACAGGUGCGAGAAGCAAGAAAGGUUGGAUGAAGUCUUGUAGAAAUCGGGGCAAGAGGAGUAGGCUGCGGCCCAGGCAUCGGGCUCGGUAUGAUGUUAGCAAGUAUGCAAUCGUUUUUGCAUUAGGUUUGGGGCUUGUUGGUGCUGGAUUGCUAUUGGGAUGGACCAUUGGGUGGAUGCUACCAACAUGUUGAUGGGCUUUUUACUGGUCUCGGGCUGGAAAUGGCUAAAGUCCAUUCACCAUCUAUUCAGCGAAAUUUUUGUGAGAAUACACGAGCC